CCUCCCGGCGCCGCGCGGUGGCUGCUGGGAGUUGUAGUCCGGGCGGCCAUGGCGGAGGAGGGCGAGAGGAAGGCCGCGCUGGAGACGGUCCAGGCAGAUGGGACAGAUGGAAACUGCGUCACGUUUGUGUUGCACGAUGAGGACCACACACUCGGCAACUCUCUCCGAUAUAUGGUCAUGAAGAACCCUGAUGUGGAGUUCUGUGGCUACUGCAUCACGCAUCCCUCUGAAAGCAAGAUCAACUUCCGGAUCCAGACCAGAGGAGGCCUUCCUGCUGUUGAGCCGUUCCGGAAAGGGCUGAAUGACCUGAUGGAUGUUUGCCAACAUGUGCUCAACACCUUUGAGAGGAGCAUGAAGGAAUACAGGGCCCAGAGGGAGGAAGAGAUGCAGUAGCAUUUGGGGAUGGCAGUCCCCAUGGAUGUGUGUAACAUCUGUGUGUUGAAUUCCCCGUGUCAAGCAUUUUUGUUUGGUUGUUUUUUUUAUGACCACUUUGAUGUAAACCUGUAUUUUGUCUAAUAAUAAAGUUUAUGAAGUUUGAUGCCA